AUGGUACGUGGUUCUCUGGUUGCUUCUGUGAUGGGCGUCGCGUCCGGGUCGAUUGCUGACGCCACCACCACCCACCACCACGCCUUCACCUUCACCCACGCCUGCGCCUGCCUCCACGCGCGCCAUCCCACGCUGGGCCGUCCACACGCGCAGGGAGACUCGUCGUACGAUUAUCUGUUCAGUCAGUCCUGUCCUAUCCCCACACAUCUUUGAAUGCAGGACACUGAUCAUGGCAUCGGUCCGCCCCUGCAGAGGUCGUCUUGAUUGGAGACUCGGGCGUCGGAAAGAGGUCGGUCGCUCGCCCCCGGCCUGCGCGCCUCCCACCCACCCCGGGGCCAUCUUAUUGGUCUCAGGCGACGUCAUACUCACCCAUACACGGUUUCAUCGUGUCCUCUCGUGCCCGAUUAUAUAACCUCUUGCUCUUACAGUAACUGUGAGUUUGGUGUGCACCCACCGCGACUGUAUACCCCAGAGUGACUGACCCCCGUCCCCUUCUGGGCCCGCGCGUGUACAGUGCUCUCGCGAUUCACUCGCAACGAGUUCAACCUCGAAUCAAAGUCGACCAUCGUCAGUCCAUUCAACUCAGACGAUAUCAAUCACGCACGGGGUUCGACUGACUUUCGACUACGUUGCCAUACGUCGUGUCGCGUUUCCGUAUCACAGGGCGUCGAGUUUGCCACGCGUUCGAUCAGCGUCGAUGGCAAGACGAUCAAGGCACAGAUCUGGGAUAGUUAGUUGCAUUUCCUUAUCGCCUCAUACAGGAUAUUCAAUAUCGUGGACGGGAAAGAUGGCUGGGGGCAGGCCGAGUGCCGCGAUGCACCGCGUGCAAAAUGACCGGGAUCGCGUAUACAUAUCCGAGUGUCGUCCCCGCAAGGACCACAGCAAAACUGACUCUUUCACUCGGCUCAAAUGCCCACAGCUGCUGGACAAGAGCGAUACCGUGCCAUCACAUCUGCGUCAGUUCAAUGCAACGCCUCAUGUGCUUGUUGGGGCGUCAUCAGCUGACCUGCUCGUAACGACCACGACCCAGUUACUACCGAGGUGCGGUAGGUGCUUUGCUCGUGUACGACAUUGCCAAGCACGCGACCUACGUCAACGUCACACGCUGGCUCAAGGAGUUGCGCGACCACGCCGAUGCGCAAAUCUCCAUCAUGCUUGUCGGCAACAAGAGCGAUUUGAGGCAUCUGAGGGCAGUGCCGAGCGAGGAGGCCAAGGCAUUCAGUCAAGAGAACGGGUUGACGUUGUACGUUCACUUCACUUGAUGGGAGGAGUGAUUGAGUGAAACCUGAUGGGAUCGCGUUCGUCCCCCACCACAGCAUCGAGACUUCGGCAUUGGACGCAUCGAACGUCGAGACCGCUUUCGAACAAAUCCUGACUGGUACGUGCAUAGGAAACCCUCUAGCCACGGAAGUCUGGCAUCGUUCAAGGCUGAAGGGGUGCUCUGGUUGUGGUUAUGCUGCGUACAGACAUCUACCGUAUCGUCUCGUCGAAACAACUCGAGGCGGACCCGAUCUCGGCCCGACCAGGUCAAGGCUCGUCGAUCCAGAUCACCCCUUCGGCCAACGAUGGCGGGCAAGCCCCGUCCGGAUCAUGCUGCUAA